AUGCGGUACGAAGACUGGGACGUGAUUCUCUUCCCCGAAUCGUCCAAGGUGCCCAUUCAGGAAUUCAAGACCCAAUGUUUCGUCACCAAGGAUAAGGAUUCACCCUACUUGCAUAGUCCCGGUCUUGUCAGUCCGGCUACUUGUCCUCUGCCACAGAGCAAUGAGGGCCAGUUGCCAGUUCUCACUACUUUCGUCCCAAGUUUGCGUCACAACACCCCAUUCCGUGUGUCCGUUCAUAGCUGGCAGAAGCCCACACCCAGUCGGUUGAUAGAAAGCCUCUUGCAGCCAGAUGAUGCAGUGCUUUUCGAGGUGCGGGUCUUUAUUGAUGGCCUGUGUGUCUCGGGUAGCGUUUUCCAUCAGAGAUCAGGGUGGCCUCAUGUUAUUGACCUAAACGUCGAUAAGACUGGCAAUCAGGAUAGCCUCCGUUUCCCUCCAUUCCACCAGGAGAUUCUAGAGCAGAGACAUUGGGAUGCAGCUGAGCUAUAUGGUAGGAUUAGAAUUGUGAUUGCUGAGGGCUUUUGUCGCCCACACCGCUAUCCACCAUUCGAGAGAGUCAAGGAGAUCGUCGCGUUUGCCUUCCAGCAUGCUCCACUGCAGGUCCUGGAGCAUUCAAACAUCGCCUGGCCGAACCCUUCGAUGUGGACACGGGAGCCACGGCUUUUCAAGUACAACUCGGGCAUUGAUCCUGCUAAUUUGACAGCAGAAGACUCACACGCCCACUCUCCCAGUAAGCAAGGUGCUCAGGGUCGGAUGUUGGCCCCCAGAAGCCAAGUAAGCAGCCAUUCAGGCAAUUCCUGGGCAUAUCGAAACUAUCAAAGAUCAAUUCAGAUGCCUCUACCCCAGUGGCAAGGCCAAUGCAUGCCAGAUCCCUUCACCGACCCUGUUAUCCGACAUCGAGGUGCACGAUCAUCUUGCGAGGAUAUUCCCAUGCCUGAUUAUAUCUCUAGCUCUGGAAGUAGUCGCGCCAUCUCCAGCAUGACGGGCAUUAGCUACGAGCAUAGCAAACAUCCCAGCAUAGUAACCCCCGUCGAUGAGGAGUCAUACCGGCAGCUGAUUGAAGCAUUGAGUCCGCCAAAGCCACUGGCCCUGUUCGGCAUUGCUGCACCCACCAAUAGCCCCUCUACUGCUUUACCCAUGGGAAAUAAGCUUUCUGCAGCUGCUGAAGCGCGUUCUGCACCCUACACCAAAGGCAGCAGCCGGACGUCGAUCUUGAAGGAGAUCUCAUUGCCUGGAACCAGAGAAGCGUCUGGGUCCAGCACUAAAUCCACCGCUGCUUCGGAGGCAACGGCUGAGGGAGCGGCAACUACCAAGAUUCAUGCUACCCCUAGCCCACGCGUCAAAAGCCGCAAGGAGGGCAUGUCCCAGACCAAGGACAAUGAAUCUUUGGGGGGGUCGCCACUCAAAGUGAACGAGAAAUCCCGCGAAAGCCCCUCCAAGCUGGUGGUGCGUACCAGCGGAGGUGUGGAAACCCCAACUCGGUCCAGCCGCAAGUCAUCUACAGGUUCUGCCCGUGCAGAGGUCUCUCCCAUUUCCUAG